UUAUUCACUAUUUCGUAUUAUGGUUGGUGAUAUUGAUUUUCCAUCAAUUCUACAUGCACAUCCUGUUCUGGGACCGAUAUUUUUUGUCACGUUUGUUUUCUUUGUAUUUUUUGUUUUAUUAAAUAUGUUUCUUGCUAUUGUUGAUGAAUCUUAUAAAGCAACGAAAGCUGAAUUAAUUCAACAGAAAAAUGAUAUUACAUUGGGGCAUAUACUUAAAAAAAAAGCGAAAGAUUUAGCUAAACGAGUUCAAAAGAAACGAUCGAAAUCAAUUGUUCGUAUAUUACGUGAAUAUGGAUUGAUGGGUAUAGAAAAAUUGUCGUAUGAAGAUUAUCGUAAAGUAUUGAAAAGGUAA